AUGUCAGUCUCGCCCUAUUCCUGGUUUGGCUUCACCAAUGCCCUCCGCUAUCGCCCUCUUCUCAAUGCCCAUGGGGUGUCCGUCGAGAUCAUUCCAUUCUUUCUAGGAGCUGCCCGUGACAGUGUGGGCAACACAUUCACUCCAACGCCCAAAGCCAAGGAAGCCUUCGCAAAGCAGGACUCGGAAAUGACAGGGGAAUUGUUGGGGCUGAAAGUGGUGCGACCCAAAGAGUUCCCCAUCUUGUCUCUGUUUCCUGUUCGAGUGGCCACUUGGGUCAAAGACCAUUAUCCUCCCGAGAAAUUCGAAGCCACUUUUCCGGCGUUGAGCUCUGCAUACUGGAGCAAAGGCAUCAACAUCUCCACGCCCGAAGGUAUUCUGCAGGCCUUGGAUGGGAUAUUCCCUCCCGAAGAGAUCAAAGACAUCAUGCAGAAGGCUGUGGCGCCGGAGAACAAAAAGCGAGUCAUUGACUUGACCAUGAGCGCCGGAGCAUUCGGCGCUCCAUGGAUCAUUGCGGUGAACGCGGAUGGGGUGAGGAAAGACUGGUUUGGAAAUGAUCGAUGGGAUCAAGUCUUUUACCAUCUUGGUGUUCCAUUCACUCCGGUAAGAAUUGUAUCCCCUGAGGAGGCGAAGGCGAAACUGUGA